AUGACUACAUACCCCAUUCUGCAUCAGUCCCGAGCACCACAUGAAAAAGAGAAAACAUUAAUGCGUGAACUUAAAAAGCAGCCCACUAGGUCGGAUAUAGUAAGUAGGCCUAGGUACCGAUGGAUCUACAGAGUAGAGGAGGACAAGCAAUUGACGACAGGUUGCACAGAACAGGAAGCGCUGGAAGUUUCACGUAUUGAGGCCUGGACGCAGAGCCAGCGCAGUGAGUGUGGACCGAUAUAA